UGUUAGUUACAAAAAUUAUUAUAAAACAAAAAUAAUUCUAAGAUAUUUAAAAAAUAUAUAUAAUUAUAGUCUAUAUUAUAUUAAAAUAAAAAUAUUAUAUGAAUUUGAUACGAAAAAGUAUAUUAAAUUGAUAAAUUAACCUAUUUUAUUCUUUUUAAAUUCUUUCAUCUGAAUAAAUUAUCUUUCACCAUUAAUAUUUUUAUACAAAAAUAAAAUUAUUAACAUAUGUUAAAUUUUUAUAUCUACAGCUAUAUAUAUAUCUUCAAAAACAUAUUUUAAAGAAUAUUCUCUAUUUGAUUAUUUCAGAUUAUGAAUUUAUUCUACCAAACUCGAAAGCUUAAUAACAAUUAAUAAAAAGUAAAAUAUAUAAAAUAAAUCACUAUAUAUUAAUAUUUUAAUAAAAGAUCUAAAUAAUAAGAUUAAAGAGUUACACAGUAAAUAACACUAAAAUGUAAAACUAAAAUUCUACAUUUAUAAAAAAAAAAAAAUACAUGCAUGUAUGUCCGGGUUAAUUACUCUAGUUCAUAACUUAAACACUCUGAGCUUCAUUUUCUUACAUAAAUUCUAACAUUUUCAUGUUAUAUUAUAAAAAUGCAUGUCAUGAGUAACAAAUAUAUCUCACAAUACAAAAUGAAAAAUUUAAAAAAUUUAACCACUAAUGAAUAGUUUUUCAAUUGACAUAUGGAAAUAGUUGAAUGUUGACCUAAUAAAAUUAUCUACCUUCAAGAGUAAACUAUAUGUGGUGGAUAUUCUUAUUUUAAACUAGAAUUAUCUCUUAAUAUGGUAAUGAAAUAUAUUAAUCAGAAAUAUUUUAUAUUUACAGUAUAUCUAUUUAUUUCCCCAUUUUACUUUAUUUUCUCCUUCAGUGAAAAUAUAGAAUUAAAAUUUUAUUAAGAAAAUUAAUUUAGUCAACUUUAUCAUUAGUAUAUAUAGCGCGCACACACACAAACCUUUUAUCUUAUCCUUCGCUUCUAGGGUUUUCUUAUGUUGCACGAUGAAGCCGCCUCCAAAAAGUUCGCUUCGGGAGGCUCUGCGUGAAACAACACUUUCGAAGACAAGAAAAUCAGCAAUAUGUGCUCAUAAAAUUAAAAGAGCGUCAACAAUAGAUGCUGAUACAGCUAAACACUUAAUACCAGCUGUGAAUGGUUUGCAUUGGCGAGAUUCUCUGGAGAUUCAUAAGCUUCUUCAAGACAAUAAAGACUUCUGCAUUUAUUAUAACAAUGUAGAGAAGAUUAGUGUUGAGAAAUUGGCAGUAGCGUUGCCUGUGCACCUCCUAGCAGUGAUCAAGGCUCAUAAUAGAGAUGACAAGUUUGAGUACUUGUUGUCUGGGAUCAGACUGUUGCAUACCUUGUGCGAGUUAACAUCUCGUCAUUCUAAACUCGACCAGGUCUUGCUAGAUGAUUGUGUAUUAUCAGCUAUGAUGGUUGAUCUGGUGAUCAAUGCGAUGGUAGCUCUCGGCGGUAAUAGAAAGGUUCACCGCUCUCUGUCUCUUGCUGUUUCUCUCUGUCUCUCAUAUUGUGAUUCGUCUCCACUUCUUUUUAUUUUCCAGGAAAGCUGGAAGUCAGAUAACGAAUCAUUGGUAGAAGCUACAAUGGUGGCUUCUACUCUUCACCUGUUGCACGGGUUUAUCUCUCCUGAGUUCGUAGAUAUUGUUCAAGUCUUGCUUGCCCACUCUAAGGUUGAUUUGUUUAUAGAAACCGCUUUUGGAGCGGUUCACAAUGUUGUGAGAUCCUUAGAAGCGAAAUUACUGUAUCGGGGAAGUGACCACCCGAAAAAGUGUCCUCUAAAGUCCGCUAAGUUUCACUGCCAACAAGCUGAAGCUGCUUUGCAGUUCCUUCAUUCUCUAUGCCAAGAAAAAUUGUUUAGCGAGCGUGUCGCUAAAAACAAGGAGCUAUGUGGAAAAGGUGGUCUUCUUAUGCUAGCUAAAUCCAUACUAUCACUAUCUGUUUCACCUGGAUUUGUUAAAGAAGCCACAACAGUAGCUUCCAUGUAUAGAAUAAAAGCAAAAGUCCUUUCACUUUUGCACCAUAUCUUUGAGGCGGAUAGUGUCUCAUUCCUUGACGAGCUUGAACGUGCAGGAAACUUGCAUUUAGCCCAACCUAUUGCCUCAGAGGUCCUUAGCUUGCUGAAGCUUGGCCUUUCUGAUUCUCCCAAUGAUAUUGCUUCUCAUGAGUAUCCAAUGGGUUUUGUGCUACUUAAUGCUAUGCGCUUGGCUGAGGUGUUCUCUGAUGACUCGAAUUUUCAACGUUUUUUCACCGAUCAUUUUAGUACGAUUCUCAGCGCAUUAUUUUGUCUCUCUCAUGAAGAGUUCGUGUCAAUGUUGUGCUCUUCUGCUCUUUCUUCAAGGGAGGAUGAUGCAACACUAGACUACGAUCUGUUUAAAUCAGCUGGAUGGGUUUUAAGUGUAUUUUCAUCUUCUAGUCUUUUCGACGUACCUCAAUUCAAGCUUAAUUUCCAAAAUAACCUCACCAUGUCUUCAUACGCGAAUCAAAGAACAUCCUUAGUUAUUAAAAUUAUGGCAAAUCUGCACUGCUUCGCUCCGGAUGUCUGCAUAGAAGAGGAUAGGAACCGUUUCAUUAAGGCCUUUGUCAGUGGAUUGCGAAAGGAUCCUGUAAGCAUGCCGAUUCAGUUACCAAACUCUUCAUAUACUCCGGUGGCACAAAGAGCCACUAGUGUUUGUAGAAACAUAUGUUCUCUGUUGCGUCAUGCAGACUUCUUGAUCACUAAUGGCCUCGAUGUCAAAGAUUUAAUGAUGUUUAGGGUGUUCUGUAAACAGUUGCAACCUCUAAUCCGUUCGGAGUUUGAGGGAAGUCAAGCUACGGUGAAGCAGAGAAAAGAGCCGCUAAAUCUUAACAUUGAGAGAGCUUCAGAGGAACCUAAUGUACGAGUGGAAGGUGCGGCCACAAAGUAUAACGUGAACGAGAAUAUGGAAAUAGUUCCACGGUUGAAGGAGAGCGACGCAGAUGCGUGCAAUCUUGAAACCAGUAGUUUGGAUACAAGAUCUAAUAGAGGGAAGAGUUUAGUUGAAGAUGGAGAUGGAGAUGGAGAUGGAGAUGUAGAGCUGGCUCAUGAGCUGUUUAAAGGGAGUGGAUCUGGAGAGGUGAAGGAGGAUGAGAAACAGGGGAAGAAAAGGAAGCGUAGUAUUAUGAGUGAUGAUCAAGUGGAGAUGAUGGAGAAGGCCAUUGUUGAUGAACCUGAUAUGCGGCGAAGUGCAGCUUGGAUAAAGAAAUGUGCUGAGAAGUUAAAUCAAAAUGGUCCCAGGGUUACAGCUAUGCAGCUGAAGAACUGGCUGAAUAACAGAAGAGCCAAAAUAGCUAGAGCAAUGUCAGGGAAAACAAGCAAGGGCAAGAAGUAAAUUCUGAGGUUUGGAGUUAUGAGAGUGGCUUGGGAUAUGAAGAAGCUUCUGUAUAUCAGACCCAGUUGCAUUGACUUUGAUUUUACUUUCUUUAAACUGUGUAGAGAUUCUCUUUUGGUUUAACUUUGAAAGAUUCUAUGUUUGAUGAGCUAUGUCUCUUUCUGUCACUCUCUAGUUAUUUACCAGAUAAAGGUUAAUACUUUUGACAGUUGAUACUGGCAUUUAGGUAUUGGUUCGGUUUGGGUAUUUCGGUUAUCGGCUAGGGAUCUAGAGGAUCCAUUUACUACAUGGCCUAUUUUUAGUUCGGAUUCAGUUCCGAUAGUAAAAUUAGGAACCAAAAGAUACCCAGAAAAAAGGUUUUCAUUUGGUUCCGGUUCCGAUUCGGUUAUUUUUGGGUAAAUCAGGAAAAAUAUCUGGUAUUUUGGAUAAACAAUCGAAUAAUUAGGGUGAUUCAGAUAAAAAUCUCAGAUACUUUAUAAUAAUUUAUUUUCUUUAAAUAUUUUUGGAUAUUCUUAAUAUAUUUUUAAAAUUAUAAAUAUAUAUUUAGCUAUGUUAUAUUUACAUAUAAUUAAUAUUUUUAUAUAUUCGGGUAUCCAUUCGGUUCGGUUAUUUCAGAUAUAGAAAUAUAAGAACUAUUUGGGUAUUUGAAGGUAUAACCAAUAAAGUUUUCCUUUUCAAUGAAAAGGUGCUUUUGUUGUUGUGGAAUAAGCCUUCUUAAUUUAAACCGAUUCCGGUUUCAGAUAUUUUGGUUCGGUUUUAAUUCAGUUCUUCGAUUUGAUUCCGGUUCAUUUCUUCGGUUCUUACUUGGUAUUAAAUAAUGAAGAUAAUAAAAGUCAGAAAAUUGACAUUUUUUACGGGACAUUAACAUUAGAGAUCUCUUAGCAUUAACUCUUUUGAAAAGUAUAAUUUUUCCGUGAGGUAACAGUAACUCUAUUGAAAUUUUUUAUAUGAAUGAAUAAAAACAGAGUAUGGUUAUCUAAAAACAGGCGGUAUCUAAUGUUUUGUAAAAGACUAGCGAAUAAGCGGAUUGUUCAGGGAACUAGCGAAACUGAAGUGUUAACAAAUUAUUAAUUUAUUUUUAUAUUUAUAUUAAAUGUUUUAUAUUUUAUUUAAUUAUAAAAUUAUUUUGAUGAAUUAUAAAAAUUAUAUAUACUAUAAAUAAAUUUUAAAAAAUUAUGUAUUUCAAUAAUAUUAUUACUUGAUUUAUCUGAUUUAAACCAAUUUAUAUAGGUUUAGACUGAUUUAUAACCGAUUUAAAUAAUUCAUAAAUCGAAUUUCAAACAAAGUCGUUUUGGAUAUUUCCUAAACUAAUUUUAGAAUAUUGUAUUUAAGGCUUUUAUAGCUAAUAAAAAUCAAUUAAAACUUGAUACACUAAAAUUGUGUCUUUUACUACUGCAAGCUAAUAGUGUAGAUGUAGUAUUUGAGAUUCAAUUUCAGAGGACUAGUUUACACUUUAUUUAUGUGGGAUCAAUAUCAAGCUAAAACAAUGUAGGGAUUUUAAGAUUAAAGUAUCGUAAAAGCACGUAACAAAUUGGUUUAUGAUUUUCAGAUAAUUAAAAGAGCUAGGUUCAUGGUGAUUCAUCAGGAUACAUAGGAUCAUGAGCCACACAACUGUUCAUAAAGACAAUAAGAGUCAAUCUAGAACUUGAAAAACAAGAUUAGAUAAACCCACUAUCGCGGUGUCUACCAAUUUAUCAAGCAAUCUUAAUGCCUAAACUAUCAUUUGGAUUAGAGAAUGAUGACAAGCCUUAAGCUCAGAUUCAAUUGGUUCACGAUUUGCCUUAACAUCAGCUAUCGUUGGCUAAGGAAAAAUCGCCUAUCUAUGCUUUUUUCUAACAACCUAAAACACUUUUGAAGAUUAGAUUAAACCUGUGAUCAGAUAUUAAAUGGCCAGUUAACAUAAGCAGUAAACAUAACAAUAGAUAGAGAUAUCAAAGAAUAACAAUCCUAUUUGUGUCUAGCUCAUUGAUCCAUGAUCCCUAACACCCUAAGCCUAACAAGCGACUACUCAGCCAUAAACAGAAAAAUCACAGAGACAAUACAUAAAGAAAACAUGCUGAAUCAAGAAACAAAUAAGAUAGGGUUCAUGAAUCUUCUCAAGAAUGCCGAGAUCCUUCUCCCUUUACAAGUUAUGAAAUCGCAACAAUGGAACUUUAGGGUCUGGUUUCUUCUCAAAAACUAGCGUAGAAAAUAAUAGAAAAGAGGAAGAGAAUAUAUGUCAAGGUUCCUGACGGCUUAGAGAGAAAAUUGGGAUGAUUAGGGAAAAUCCCAAAAUAUUAUAAGUUUCCAUAAAAAUCUCUCCUACAGGAUCAUGCACUCGGGUGCUCCGCAUGCUCGAGAGCAGCCUGCAAGGUUGUUCCGCUCGUGAAAAUCUUCAAUUCGGGUUCUUUAUGAAUUUUUUGCUCCAGAUGAUCUUACUUCCCUCAUAUACAACUCUAGACAUGUAAUGACUCUAAAAAGACUAGGAAGACUCGAUAAAGACUUGAAAACCAAUUAGAAAACAUAUAUAUAAGAUGUCAAAAACACCAUAUAUCAAAAUUCUUUAAAAGUAUGCAAAUAGAGUUUUCUUAAAGGAGAUAAAAUCAAACUUUAAAGUUUCAAAACUAUAUUAAAAUAUAGAUGAUUUUCUUAGAAUUAUUCGUGUAUCUUGUAAUACUACUAAGUAAAUGACAUAAAUUUUGAUGAAACCAUUUUUUCAACUAAAUUUUCAUUGAUAACCUUGUUAAAUAUAUGGGUGGAAUGCUAAUGUCGGUGGAACACAUGAACUUCUUUGGAAACCAAGUCCAGAAGAGGGAAACGACAGCCCAAGAAACAGACCAUAACGACCAACUGAAACAUCAAGCUACAAACUGAAAUCCUUCAACUAAACCAUGACCUAUCAAGACGUAAAAAAACUAGACUUAAUUGUCUUACGAGUAGGCGGAAGUCUUGCGAGACACAAAACAAGAGAGCAUGAUACGAUGAAGAGAAAGAUCUUUUAUCUGAACUCGAUGACCACAAACACCCUCUAAAAUGAAACCAAGACGAAAACCAUGAAGAACCAAAUCACAGGAGAACUCACUACUCAACCACACCUUCAACUGGAUGCCUCAAAGCCUCACCUCGAAGAAGCCACCGAAGAAAACCAGAAACCAAUGCCAAACCAGAAAACAAACUUAUUCAAAGGACAGGAGGAAGACUCUUCGGAAACUGGGAGAUGGAAUUGUUACCUGACACCAACACUUCUUCUUGACAAACCUUCAACUGCUAUUUAUACACCACUACUGUUCUACUAUACCGUUGCUAGAACAAAGACAAACUAAGCCAAUUUCUAAAUUCCAUGACAGAUUAGUCGAGAUAAAUCUCAACAGACUAGCAAAGACACCACAAACUAAAUAAAACCCUAACAAAAAUCCACUACGAUGAUGAGGGAGAACCUGAGACUCAAUAUAGGAAAGAAACGCACAACCAGAAGAAGCAGAUGACACAUACUCCACAAUCACAAGGCCAGCGACAAGACAAACAUAUCUAAGAAUCAAAGCAGAAGCAAAUUCUGAUGCUGGCUAGAAACAACCAGCACACAUCUUCAUCAUCUAGAAAAUAACCGCCUUUAGCCACCGGACUCUGAAAUCAAACUUCACGCGCCACCACGCUCCUCUAGGCCGGGACCUUCACACACAUCAACCAAGUCGGAUCUUCACCACAUCUUCAGAGAGCAACAAAAGCACCCAACAAGGCAACAACAGAACAAUGAAAUUCGACUCCGAUGCUGUGAGACACACCGGAGUCAACCACCAGCAAACCCUAAAUCUAUUUUUUGUAUAGAGAUGACAGAGCUUCGGGAAAGAAUGUUGACUGAGUAAACCUUUUUUCUUAUGAUUAAUUAAAGAAAUUUUUUAAAAAUAAACAACAUUGAGGAAUUGAAAAUUACUAAAUGGACCUUCAUAUUGUAAUCCCAUAUAUAUUAAAAGAGAAGCAUUGUCAUUUAAUGCUUUCACACUACAUUAGACACGUAGCAGCUCACAUCGAUUUUAAUUUGAGUAUGCUGACGUGUCGGCCACACAAUCAUUUAACAAUUAAUGCGUUCACAAAAUAUUUUUUUAACUCCACUGCAGACAAUUUAAUGUGUUCACACUAAUUUUUUUUAAAUUGGUUCAUUUUUAGUUCAUGCAUUUUUAACCUUUGUAUUAGUGAACUGAAAUUCUCUUUGUACAACUACUGAAUAAUAUCACUUUGAAAGAAAGAAAUUACAAAAUCAUUAAGAUUCACAUCAACUAAAAUGUUGGAAUGAAAAUGUGUUUUAGAAAUGAAAAGUUUCAUAUCUUUUCGAACUUAGCCAUGGUUAAAGUUUCUAAACACGAAGGCAAUAAAUAAUUGUGAUUGGUUAUGAAUUAAGAAAAUUGAGGUAAAACUACCACACACAAAGUUGGAUUUUUAGUUUACCCAAAUAUUUAUUUUCUUUACAGAGUUUUCAUAUCAGACCAAGAACUAGAAACAUAAUCAAAUUGCUAGAAAAAUCAAAUCAGAAAAGUUUACCAGAAAAAAAUUCAUUAAAUCGAUUAAAAAACAUAAUUCAGGUGCCGACUAAAGAUAUCACAUUAUUUUCCAUGCAAUUCUAACACUCUUUGCUUGAUUGUAUCGUGUUUUUAUUAUAUUUACCAAAAAAAUUUUAUAAGAAAAUACACGUUAUUGGUUAUAGACUAUACUAGUUUUGCAACAUGCCCAACAAUAUUAACACGACACUCAACCAUUUUAUUAGCAUUCUUAACGUAUGAUUCAAUAAUUAUGUAUGUUAAAUAAGCCGGUAAUAUUUGUUUUACACUUAUUUUAUUUUGCUUUAUAUUAAUAGAAGAAAGUAAGUCUGGAUUAAAUAUUUGGAUCUGAAGAACCAAACCGAAGUAGAUUUGAAAAUAAUACUAAACACAAACUAAAACUGAUUAAGUACUCAUAUAAAUCUAAAAGUUUAAUAUCCAGAUAACCAUAUCCGAAUCUGAUCCAAACUAACAUAUUUUGGAUACCAAAAAUAUCUAAAUCAGAGUUAUAUACUUAAAUAUGUUAAUUAUUUUAAAUUUUAUAUAUAUUAGAUAUUCAAAAAUACGAAAAUAUCUAAAAAUUAUCAACACUGUCACACGUAAAUAUCUAAAAAUAACAUCUAUAUUAUUAAAACAGAAACAUUGUGUUGGACCUAACAUUUAUUUUAUAAGUUUUUAAAUUAAAUACAUCUUCCUACUUUAUAGUUAAACCUACAUUAAAUCACUAAUAUUAUUUUCCUUAUACUACUAUCAAUGUUUCCAAAUAAUAUAAUUAUUUCUUUAUACUACUAUCUAUUUUCCCAAACAACACUAUAAUUAAUCUUAUGUCCAAACAAUAUAAAAUACUGGAACUUAUCUUUUUAAUAACCAAAUAUUUAAAUAAAUUAAAUAAUUAUAAAAAAUAUUCAAAAAAUUAUAAAAAACGAAAAUAAAUAAACUUACGUUUACAGGUUUAAAUACUACAAAAAUAUUUCAAUCAAUGAUAAAUCAAUUAAAUUAACAUAUUAUUUUAUUUAUUUACUACAUAAUGGUUCUAUCAUUUAUUUAAGUAAAAUAACAAUUCAAUAAUAGCUAUUACAUAAAAAAUAAAUAUAUAAACAUUAUACAGUGUACAAUAACUAUAAUAACAAAAAUAAUUAUGAAAAAA